UGUUAUUCUAUUGUUUUGAUUGUUGAACCAGUUUUAAAAAAUUCGUAUCAUGAUACUACAUUCGAAAUUUAUAUAUCAACUAAGCAGAAAUAAUAUUAUUUAUUUCAGAUCUCUAUUAUCAGUGCCAAAUAUUUAUAUUCCAUGCUAUUUUGAAAUAUGCAGACAGUAUUCGUUUCAAAGGAAAAAAUACACAGAAAAUACUUCUGAAAGUAAUUAUGGAAAAUAUACUGCAUAUAUUACUAUUGCUACAUCUCUAUUGGGUAUCUAUUUCUAUAAAACUAAUAAAGAAGUUCAUGCCUUGACUAAAAAGCAUGUUCAAUCUGGAGAAUUCAAAGCAAACCUGAAUACGUAUAGUUUGGAAGAAGUAGGCAAACAUGAUAAUAAAAAGGAUGGUAUUUGGGUAACAUAUAAACAAGGAGUGUAUGAUGUAACAGAUUUUAUUGAAAAACAUCCAGGUGGUCCUUCCAAGAUCCUAAUGGCAGCUGGUAGUUCAAUUGAACCAUUUUGGACAAUCUUUGCAAAUCAUAAUACUACAGAAAUAUAUGAGCUUCUUGAAUCAAUGAGAAUUGGAAAUAUUUCUAAAGAAGAUGCCAUUUCUAAUAUAGCUAAUGAAAAUGAUCCAUAUUCAAAUGAACCUGUUAGACACAAAGCUUUAAAAAUUAAUGGACACAAACCUUUUUGUGCUGAGCCACCUCCUUCUCUGUUAAUUGAAAGCUUCAUUACACCUGUGGAACUAUUUUAUGUAAGAAAUCACCUUCCUGUUCCUCAAAUAGACUUAAAAACUUACACAUUGGAGUUAGCUAUAGAGGAAACAACAAAGAAGACUCUUAACAUUGAAGAUAUAAAAAAGUAUCCCAAGUAUACAAUAACAAGUGCUGUAAUGUGCGGUGGAAAUAGACGAUCUGAAAUGGCAAAAGAAAAAGAAUUGAAAGGGCUUAGUUGGGGUAUAGGUGCAGUAGGUAAUGCUACAUGGACUGGUCCAAGACUGUAUGAUGUACUGAAGGAUUUGGGAAUUGAUGAAGAUAACUAUAAUCACGUACAGUUUGAGGGAUACGACUUAGACCCCUCUGGUUCACCAUACGAUGCAAGUAUACCUAUUAGUAAAGCUAUGGAUCCUAGAGCAGAUAUACUGUUAGCUUACGAAAUGAACGGAAAACCGAUACCAAAGGAUCAUGGUUUUCCUAUCAGAGUAGUUGUUCCAGGUGUUGUGGGUGCUAGAAAUGUAAAGUGGCUUGGUAAGAUAAUUGUCUCAAAAGAAGAAAGUCAGUCACAAUGGCAACAACGUGAUUAUAAAGGUUUUUCUCCAAGUACUGAUUGGAAUAAUGUAGACUUUUCUAAAGCACCAGCUAUACAGGAGAUGCCUGUCAUUUCUGCGAUUUGUAAACCAGAACCAUUAGAAACGGUGAAAGUAGUGGAUGGAAAAAUAAACGUGAAAGGAUAUGCUUGGUCAGGAGGAGGUCGAAAAGUGAUUCGCGUUGAUGUAACAAAUGACCAAGGUAAAACUUGGUAUACAGCUAAUUUUCAUGCUGAAGAUACUAAUGCUAAGAAAGGUCGUUAUUGGAGCUGGACAUUAUGGAAUGUAGAUCUUCCUGUUAACAAAGAAUGGAAAGAAACGGAAGUUUGGGCAAAAGCUGUAGAUGAAUCGUACAAUGUUCAACCAGAAAGUUUUAAAAACAUAUGGAAUUUACGGGGUUUUCUUUGUAAUGCAUACCAUAAAGUUACAAUUAAAUUAGAACAUUGAAUUUUUGAAAACAAUUGUAUAUGAUUUUUACAAUUACUUAAUAAAAAAUUCUAAUU